AUGGAGGAUAUAUAUGAGAAUUUGGAAAAUUAUGAAGAUGUAUAUGACGUUAAUGAGCUCAAGAAUGAAAACAAGGAACUUAAACUAAAACUUGAAGAAUAUUCUAGGGCUAUGAAUCGUUUACAAAAAAAUAUUUUGCAGGAUUUUGACAAACUGAACUCUGAAUACAAAAAGUUGGAAAUAAACUAUUCCUCACUUUUAAAAACUGCUCGAGCCGAAAUUGAAAGAAAAGGUGAAAUUAUAAAGAAUUUAAAUUUAGAGAAAGAUAAGUUAAUAAUAGGUUCCCUACAAAAAAAUGGAGUAAAUAUGUUAAGAAAGAGAAGUAACUUUCAUGUAUCACAGAAAUCAACUAGUAGUCAAGAUAAACUAGCUGAUUCAGAGAAAAGCAGAACAAAAGAAAGUGUUGAGUCAAAAGAUAAUUUUUCUGGGAAUAAAAGUAACAGAUUAGAUCCAGUCGUGGCACCAUCACUCAAUACAAUUUCAAGUUUGAACAAUGAAAACAGGUCAACUUUUAGCGAAGAGAAAUUGUUAAAUGUUGACAAACAUAAAAUAAAUAAUAAAGAAAUGAAAGAAAACAUUACCCGAAAUUGUCAUAAGGAUAGUACACAGACUAAUGCACUAAGUAAGAGAAUUAUGAACAGGAGAAAGUCUACACCAGCAACAAGCUUCCAGGAAUCAAAAUUUAGUUCUGAUGAAGAAGUAGAAAGACUAAAUGUUAAAAAUGUAAGAAGAUCACCACCAAGAAGUAUAAGAUACGAUAACAGAGAUUAUAGGCUAGACUCAUGUAAUUAUUAUGGAUCGUCUGACUCAAAUAGAAGUAGAAAUAGUAAUCACAUGGACUCCAAUACAUACAGACAUGCAGACAACUCUGACAUGAAACGAUCUCAGAGAUAUGUCAGUCCUGAGAGGCAUCAACAUAGACAUAGUAAUGACUAUAGCAGACAUAGGCUAUUGAAAAGUCCACCACCAGACAAGUAUAACCAUUCUAAGAGUAGAGAUAGGAGGUACAACCAUGAUAGAGAAAGAGAAAAUUACAAUGAUAGGCAUCGAUAUUAUGAACAUUCGAGUCUGAAACAUAAAAUGAGAAAUGAUUUUGAUGAACCUAGCAGCAAACGGCAGAAGACUGAGCAAUACAGUAAAUGUCCAUCACAAGAUAGUAAUUACAUCAGUGACAGAGAAAAAGAAUUUGGACAAUUUUCUUGCCAGUCCCCUGACUAUGUUCAUAGUGAGAAUCAUGUUUCCCAACAUUUUAUUAAAGAAAUUAGAAACACAGCUGCACUCGACUCAACUUCACUCGAAGAUCCAAGGAUUUCAAGUAAAAAAUACAUUUUGCAAAACCAUAAUGACCAAACCUUCCUUUCUAUACCCUCAAAUCGUGAUAUUUACAUUCAAUGUGUGGAUAAAACAAUAUGGGGUAUAGAAAAAGUGGAAAUACCAGAAGCUUUGAAAAAUAAGCCAUCUUCUGUGCGAGAAACUGAAGAUUAUUUAAAUCAAAUAUACAGUAAUAUGGAGGGAAAUGAAUCUUUGGAAUCAGGAGAUAUUCAAAGCAUAGAAGAUGUUGUAAUUUUAAAUUCGAAAGAACUAAAGAAAGAUGUAAAUAAAAAAAAGCACAAUAUUACCAAAGAAAGUGAAAAUGAAAAUAUGAUCGACACGGCACAACAAAUAAUUGAUUUAAAAGUGUCACAGAAAUCAAAUAGCAGUGAAUAUAGAAUACCAAAAAAGUCACAAAAAAGCGUUAAAAAGCUAGACACGAGUUCAAAGGAUAAUGACAAAAAGACCAUAACAUACAAAGGAGACUUUAAAAUAAGUAUUGAAAGCAAAAGACUUAGUGCUAAGUUGAAAGAUAAAGAACAUGACUUAAAUCUACAAACUAGUAGUAGUUUUAACAGCAAACAAACUACAGAUGAUAAUAAAAAAGAUCAUAACAAAAAGAAUAGUAAUAAGUCCAGUGAUGAUAAGACAUUGCAAGAUAAAAUUAAGACUGUUAAGGGAGACCUGGAACUAAGUGAUGAAGAAAGUGACCCAAUGGAAUUUCAGAAAGAAAUUGAAGAUAAACUAGCAAAUAAUCAAGAAUCUUGUGCCAUAUCAUCUAUUACUAAAACUGAAACAAAAACUAAUGCUUUAAAAAAGAUAGAACAAAAUGUAUCUGUCAAUAAAGCAGACAAAAUUAAUACUGAAGCUACUAUCUUAAAGGAAUCUUCAAAUUCGAGGGGUUCUUCAAAAGAAUCCUGUCGGGAAAGCGGCAAAAAGCGUAGAGGUAAAAAGAAGUCAGAGUCUAAAGAAACUACUUCCAUCAAAGAUCCCGUUAAAGAUGUAAAAGAUAAAAAGAAAGGCAGUGAAAAAGACAACAAGAAAAGCAGUUCCGAGCAGACAGUCAAUAAAUUUAGCGAUUUAUUCGGCGACAGCAGUAGUCUUAUAACGCCUGAUGAUUUAGGAAUCGAAGAUACUGAUACACAAGUCCAGAACAACGUUAAAUAUACAUCCAUAUUUGAAAACACUCAAGAUGCGAUUUAUUUAAGUGUUGAAGAUAUCAAGAAAGCACAAGUGAGUACAACUGAAGUAAACACUUUCGAUAAUGUUGUUGAAAAUUUGCCUACAGAAGAAAUUGCUAACAAAACGAAUUAUUCUAACGUUAUUUCAAAUCUUACUUGUGAAAAUGAUAAAAAAGAAGAAAAUUCAGAAUCAAGUGAAAAGUACGAAAAUACAAAAGGCGAAACAUUGAUGGAGAGUUCUAAUGUUGUAAAAACAGUGAUUAUAUCAACAGGAGUUCAGCCUCCGAGCAUACCAGAUAAUAACUUAACAGAAAUUAAUACUUUGGCUGAUGAUAAAAGUGACAGUAAUCAUUUAAUUAUUAAAAAAUGCUCUCUUAGUAAUAUAAAGGCUGUAGCAACUUCUACGCCGCAAAAAUUUGUCGAUCCACAUGAUACAAAUUUAACAACACAAGAUUCUGACUCAAACACGAUUAAUGCUACAGUAGAAAUAAAUUUGUCGUCUGUAAAUAAUUCAUCUAGUGUAAAUGCAAAUGAACAUGAAACUGAAGAUGUACCAGAUGUCAGAAUAUUUGUUAGGAGACGAAGGAAAGUUGUUAGGAAGGCUACUACA